CAUUAAUAAUGUUCAGGUGUGACCUCAUUAAAAUCAGAUUAUACUACUCACUGGAUCUAAUUUAUUCUGUUAAGUGGAGAUAAAUCUGGCCACCAUAGCCUCAAACAUCCAUUUCCUGAAUCACUAGUGUUCUUACAUUGUGCUCAUUUGAACAGUAACAGCAGGGGACAGAUCUCAUGUCCCAGCUAGUCUCCUGCAACACCGCCUGGUCUGUCUGAUCCACAGUCUGAUCCCCGUUCUCAGGAUCCUGCCGUUGUAUUACCCCUGAGCCAGGCUUGCUAACUGCAAUUUGUUCCAUGUUACUGUGUCAUCGUAGUUUACAUAGUUAAUUUUAAAAAUCCGUGAAGCCAAGUCGGCCAUUAAAAUUGGGGUGAAGAGGAAUCUCUUAAGUAAAAAAACUAACGCCUCUUUGGAGCAAUGUGCCGUUUUGCUACUCACUACCUCCUUCCUGACGAAACUGGGGCUCGCAGAAGAAUUUCCUUGUGCGGAAGCGACCAGUGGGGCUCGGGAAGGGAUAACUACGCGAGGGGAGUUGUAGAUAAAGAGCGACACCUGCGGUCAAUAAAGGGUAGCAACAUAGGCCUAAGUAUUGAUCUGAAGGACACUGGACACACUCAGUGUACGUUUAUUAAUCUACGUAUUAUGAACGUUCAUAACGGCUCUCCGCGUGCGGGACAAGUGGGGCUGAACCAAGGGACUGACCAGCGGCACGAGUACAGCAAACCUGCAAAUUACUUAACGGAAACUUUCUUUAUUUUCGUUUAAUAUGGCGUCACACGUCGCUUAAAGUUCAUAUGUGAGAAAUGAAGAAGUCCACAGCUGUGAAUUUGGACAAACUAUUGGAAGACUUCUGUCAGACAGAGCAGAAGAUGACAGAUAUGACAGCAAAGAACAGUCUGCUAGAGAUGAAAUUAAAUGAGACCAGCCGGAUGUUGACGCUAAAACAGACAAAAGAGAAGUAUUUGCGGGAAGAACGAGACGAACUGCUGCAGGCUGUUAUUGGACUCGAGCACACCAUAAAGCAGCAGUGUGACCUGAGGGUGGAAAAUGAAGAACUGAAAAAGUCCAUCAGCGACCUGGAGAGAGACAAUUAUUCCAAACUGCAGGACAGUGCUGCUAGCAUAGAGGGGCUGCAGAUGGAGAUGGCAGCACAGGUAGCAGAGCACCAGAGCGACGUUGCGGAAGUUCGGGGGCAGCUCCAGAGCAAACUGGAGGCUAAAGAGAGGGAGAUGGAGGAGGCCCUGCAGACGAAGGAGGCAGAACUGGAGCAGAUGAGGAAGAGGAUGAAGGAGCAAGAGAAAGACAAACAGAAAGAGAUCAUAAAAUUACAGAUGGAGUUCAGUGCUAAGCUUGCGAGGGCCCAGACCACCUCCGUGAAAGUACAGCAGCAGCCAGUGGCAUCUUGCCCCCUGCCACAGGACCUCUACAAACGCAAGCUGCAGUUCAUACAGGAGCAGAGUCAGAGGGAGGUGGAGGCUCUGAGGCAGAGAGUGAAGGAGCUGGAGCAGAAGAGCAACGGCAGCUUCACUGAGUGCCGUCUGAAGAGGAAGAAACUCUGAGAGCCAUCAGACUGCUUUCUGCACGCAGCUGAACAGCAGAGCCGCUAGCCUGUGUGCCUGCACAGAGCUUAACAGACCUGUGUUUCUGCACACAGCUUAACAGCACAGCCGUUAUAAUGCCUGUGUGUCUGCACAGAGCUUAACAGCACAGCCGUUAUAAUGCCUGUGUGUCUGCACAGAGCUUAACGGCACAGCCAUUAGCUUGUGUGUCUGCACAGAGCUUAACAGCACAGCCAUUAGCCUGUGUGUCUGCACAGAGCUUAACAGCACAGCCAUUAGCCUGUGUUUCUGCACACAGCUUAACAGCAAACCCAUUAGCCUGUGUGUCUGCACAGGGCUUAACAGCACAGCCGUUAGCCUGUGUGUCUGCACACAGCUUAACAGCACAUCCGUUAGCCUGUGUGUCUGCACAGAGCUGAACAGCAGAGCUAUUAGCCUGAAUUUAACAGGCCUGUGUUUCUGCACGGUUAAAAAGCACAGUCGUCAGCCUGUGUUCCUGUACAAUCAGAGUUUAAUAGCACAGCCUUCAGUCUGUAUUUCUGCACACUUUAAUAAAACAGUAUGUCUAAGAUCUAGUUCAUAAGGAACGGAAACUGUUUUCAUGUUCAUUGCCCUGUUGUGAGGCACUACUGGUAGCGUCCUUUGUUUGAUAAUUGUCCUGCACUUGCCCUAGAAUAUUCAGCAGAGCUAGCAGGCCUGCUAAAUGUGUUAAAGACAGCCUAUAACAAACCAAUUUCUUGUACGCAUCACUGCAUCUGCCACAGUGUUACCUUUGGCUUUGGAUACUUCACACAAAAUCCUCUAUAAAAACUGAGUGUCUCAUUCAUUAAUCCCAGACCUUGGGAGAAGCGGUCUUUUCAGGAGCCGUGUGUUUAGUCUCCGUCUCUGAAUUGACUCUAUAAUGCAGCAUAAACAUCCUGCCACAGCAGCCUUGUAAGCCUUGCCCUGGGUAACAGGAUAACAAACGCAUACGCGUAGGGUUUUUCACUAAUGGACACACCUCACCUAACGCAAACCUGUAACGACAGAGCGGUAUUUUGCCUGUCAUCAGACACAUGAACCCUGAAGUACGGAUUGUGCCUGACACGGCCUCGGGGCUGGAGAACAUCCCCGCCCGAAUGCACGUCCGACACCGGCUCAGGCCUCUCUGCCAACUCCAAUCUGCGGAUAAGCGGCCAAAGAGAAUCAAAGGCUUUUUGAGCGCGGUCAAGAGCGUGACCCCGGCCAAGCUGAUUGGCCGCCGCUCGACGGAGGUGACUGUGGACGGGGGUGCGUCGCCUGACGACGGAAGAGCCGGGCGCUUAGGUUACGUAACGGCUUUAGCUCGCGUCCAGAAGGUCAGGAGAGCAGCCCUCUUUAACAGCGGUGGAGUAACGGAAUUACAAUCGACCUGUCCCUGUUGACGCGGGGUCGUCAUUCUCCACGGCGACGAGACCGGCUGGCGGUCUGGAAGACUUCCCUCGCUCCGUGCUGUGCCCCGGGAAGUCACGUGACACCGUGUCACCUGGCAACAGGACAUGGGGAGAGUUCUCCCCAUCGGCGCGUUCUGAAAGCGGCCAGUCAGAUGCGGCUCUGACGUCCGCUCUUCAAGGUUGCCGCCGCAGAGCUCGGCUCGUACCGUUCCCACAAUGCACUCUGAGUCUAGUGAGCCGCGAUACAUUGUCCUGCAUUUCUGUUCCCGUGUGCUUGCGCUGUUUAAUUCAGGGAUAAGGGGAUCUGCAGUGACCUAAACUGCUUUCAUCGUAUGUUAGUAAAGCUUGACUGACAUCUCCUGCUCUGUGUUGUGAAACUGAGCCCUAAAUGUUCUGACUGUAUAAUCUGGCUAAUAUUUUUUCUGUGUUUAUUUUAAUAUUAUCUGCUUCAGCUGGUAAUAUUUUGCUUUAAAAAAAACUGAGAAACAGCCAUGCUAUAAAUUUAGAAAUGAUACACAGAAA